GUUCCGCUAUUUAGCGUGCGACAUUCGUUUAGACAUUCAAAUAGACAUUCGAAUAGACAUUCGGACUUUGAUUGCUUCUUACAAAAAAACUAUAAAAUAUAUUAAAAAGAUAUUUCAUAGAGAGAAACUUGGCUGGAUUCUCUGUUGAUUCAUGUAUCUUGUUCAUAAUAAGAUGCGCUAUACUUCCAAAGGUGAGCAAAAAAGUCGAAAAUUUUUUGACACGGCCUAAAUUUCAUUGCAAAUAGACAUUCGGACUUUAAUCGAUUCGCAUAAAAAAAGUAAAGCAAGUAGCCAAAAGUCCUUUGAAUGACAGAAACCUUGCUGGAUUUUCCGUUGGUUUUGAUAGUUGUUUCUAGAUGAUACGCGAAAUUAUCGCUAGAAUAAGGAAAAAACCUCCAAAUUUUUUGACACGAUCCAAGUUUGAAAUGGCGACCGACCCUCGCGAUGUCGUAGCAGGCCCUCAUUUCAAGCGACCUACACCGAAAUACUUGAAGUGAAACAUCUAAAUCGACUUAAAAGUACAAAAAACCUACCCUUAUAGCAAAGUAUCUCUAAUUUAGAUCAAAUAACAGCAAAAAUCGCCAGUUGUAGGAAACGACAACAAACUCAGAGGAAACCCCUCAAGUAGAAACUUACCUAAGUCGGUGUCCCGCAAUAACUUUAGAAAAACUGUUUGGAAUCGGCUGAAACUUUCUAAAUCAACUAGAAUUGAUGAGAUAGAGAUGUUUUUUUGGGUCUCGUAAAGUCUGAAGCGGUUUUGAUGAAUUUUUUAGGCAACGCUUUUUCGAGCUCCAUACUGAAGCCUUAUAACUCAGAUCUGAUGUGCCGGUGUCCCGCAAUAACUUUAGAAAAACUGUCUGGAAUCGGCUGAAACUUUCUAAAUCAACUAGAAUUGAUGAGAUAGAGAUGUUUUUUUGGGUCUCGUAAAGUCUGAAGCGGUUUUGAUGAAUUUUUUAGGCAACGCUUUUUCGAGCUCCAUACUGAAGCCUUAUAACUCAGAUCUGAUGAGUCGGUGUCCCGCAAUAACUUUCGAAAAACUGUUUGGAAUCGGCUGAAACUUUCUAAAUCAACUAAAAUUGAUGAGAUAGAGAUGUUUUUUUGGGUCUCGUAAAGUCUGAAGCGGUUUUGAUGAAUUUUUUAGGCAACGCUUUUUCGAGCUCCAUACUGAAGCCUUAUAACUCAGAUCUGAUGUGCCGGUGUCCCGCAAUAACUUUCGAAAAACUGUUUGGAAUCGGCUGAAACUUUCUAAAUCAACUAGAAUUGAUGAGAUAGAGAUGUUUUUUUGGGUCUCGUAAAGUCUGAAGCGGUUUUGAUAAAUUUUUGAGGCAACGCUUUUUCGAGUUCCAUACUGAAGCAUGAAGUCUGAAGCAGGUUUGAUAAGUUUUUGUAAGCGUUGGAAAAGAACACCACUUUCGAUAGGUUUUUUAAUCGAUCUUUCGAACCUUCUUUGAAAAUAUUUUUCCUAUGAUAAACGACAUGAAUAGCGAAACGUAAGUGUAUAUGCCUUACAACUCAGAUCUGCCUUGCUGGAUGAUGGAUCCGUUCAAACUUGUCUGAAUCUGUUUUAAAAUAAUAUUUGAUUACUGUCUUGAUUUUAUCUUUAAAAUGUUUUAGAUGUUGUAUGAAGAAAACAAGUUUUUGAUUGGCUUUUUAUAUUCUAUAAAAUUUUUGUGACCAAUUUUAGGGGUUUUUUGCCAAAAAGUGCUGAAAGAAAAUAUGCUAACUUAGGUUGUUUAUUUCUAAAGCGUCUUGGGUUUUUACCUGAAAUUUGGCUUUGUGAGGAAACAUGUCAGGAGAAGGCAAUGAUAGUUACGCCAACCGGAACCAAAAUAGUUACGCUUUUGAAAAGAAAACGGAAUCGCAACUAGCGCAGAACUAAGGUUUUUGGUGUAAAUGAAUCCAGGCAUGGAAUUUUUGUUUCCUAGUUUAGGUGAGGUAUAUACAGUUUUUGUUCCCCUUUUUUGUGUGGAAAUGUUUUAUUGUUAAUGCUUUUUGACGCCAACUUGACACCUACGUCAACUUGACACCUACACCUGGUUGUAUAGAGCAUUCACUAAUUGCUUCUUCUUCUUUGUUAGUAUUCAAUGUCGGUUAAUGCUCUUACUUUUUAUUGAAAUAAGGUGUGAUUUUAGGAUUGUUUGAGAAUUUUAUCUCACGAACUAGAAAUUUAAAUCAAACAUGCAUAGCGAUAAAGCCUGUCACUAUUUAUUUAAAUGAUUACAGCACUUGAGAUUAUUUUAUACCCAUAAAGAUCUUAAACUACAUUUACAGGUUCUAAAAAAGGUUACAUGACAGUCUUCUUUCAGAAGGAGGGUCAACCACCUAGGUGUGAAUUCACCUUUUCAUGACACUCUAUAACAAGCUGUUUAAUAGUUAUUUGUUACGUCACCAUGCAAUUUCUAUGCUAUUGCAAUAUGCCAUCUUCCUGCUCUUUUCUUUUCAUCAAUGGUUUCUUUAGAUUAAUUGACGUUUCUGCAUUGAAAAGGUGUUUGUUGCAUGUGAUAUUUAAAGAUUUCGCUCGUUAACCAAGUUAGUCGUGUUCAAAUUGCCAUUGAGUCAGUUUUAAGGUUAUACGCAGUUGUUUGUGACCAUGUCAGUACGUGAUACGCUAGAACUUGUUCUGCAAAGCGGAGCUGCUACAAGAACAUGGGGAAUUCGGGGUGAGGGUUUCAAAGGAACUGGCAAAAGGUCAAAGGCCAAAUUCUGGAAGAAUGGUGCUUCUGGGAAGCAAAAUCGCUCUGUCAAUCAGCUUACAGAGGAUGCCGAAGACUUGGUCGCAGUGUUCUCUGACUCGCAGCUACGCCCACUUGUUCAGGGGGACGUUCCUGUUCCUACAAACUGGUACGUCAAUUCAACGCCAGGUGGUUGCUUCAGCCAUGUAAAAGAAGAAAUUCUGGCCGCCAAAAUUCCCGAAAGCAAGACCCCUUCGUGGGUCGUUCUUCUUGUUGGGACAAAUGAUCUCUCCAAGCACGUCGUUAUGGAUAGGGCCAGAGGUGACUUUCAUGGGCUUCUUCUCGCAGUCAAGAAAAGAUUCCCGCUUUCAAAGGUUGUUGCACUAUCGAUAUUGCCGCGUCUAGACGAAUUUUGGAUUCGCGAGGCAAAAUACAAAGAAGUGAUGGACCAAGAGUGCCAGAAACUUGGGGUUCACUUCUUUGACGUGACACCGAACUUUGAAGUCAGCGAUCCGCGUCUUUGGUCAUGGAAAGACGGACUUCACAUAAGUGAGGACAAAGGCAUCCCACUGUUGUUGUGUCUUUUGCAGAAAGAAAUGAAUUCACUUCAAGCUGCUGUCCAGGAUUCAUCGCCUUCUCCUCCACCACAACCUGCUCCAGAGCCCCAAUGCCCGGCGUGGCUAUGGAGAGAACUCCGGCACCAUCGCUCCGAAGGUCGCCAAGGUCGUUGCCUUCAAGCACCACCAACAGCAAUCGGAUCACCGCCAGCCGUGAAAAAAAGAAGGAACACUACCUCCAAAAGAAGAGUGGCCAAAAGGUACAUAGAAGUACCCACGAUGAAAAAGAUAAAUUGGAGUCAAGUGACAAGUCGCGGUAUUGUCAUGGACAAUUUCCUAUUGACAAACACGAAUCCUGGUCUCUACCUGACUGCGCCUUCCCAGUACACAAAAUGUGCGCAAAAUUCAAAAAUUUCAAAGAGGCGCCGGAAAGUGCAACAGCAACGUGCAAAAGCGGAAGUUCAUCAGCAUAAACGAAGGAAAAUUAUGCAAGACGCAACCGAUCCAAUCGAUCUUCUUAUCUCAAUUGAACAAAAGAUGGCAAAAAAAGCAAGCCCCAACUCUGCUUUGAAAGGCAAACUAGGCAUCUCCACAGUUCCAUUGAAACACUUUCAGCGUUCGUACGCAAAGGUUGUGCAAGGAGAAAGGAUACCAAAGCCAAGAAAGAGAGAAUCGGAGCCAGUGCAGGUAACAAUCAGCAACGCCUCAGAUGAGAGUAGACAAGUUGAGAGAGAAUCGGAGCCAGUGCAGGUAACAAUCAGCAACGCCUCAGAUGAGAAUAGACAAGUUGAGAGAGAAUCGGAGCCAGUGCAGGUAAAAAUCAGCAACGCCUCAGAUGAGAAGCAUGACAGAAAUGGGUUGGUUAAUGUUAUUGUAAAAGUGGUCUGCGGUGGUGGGAGAGUCAAGAAAAACUCGAAUCGUACGGACGUAAAGUUGUUGGCAGAAGCGGUAUGUCAAUCUUGUAAAGUAACUUCUGAUGGUAAACCGUAUGAUUUUGACUGGGCAGCUAUUUUUAAAAAGUAUUACGGAAGGUCCCGGGCUAAUCAUCCCAACGCACUCAAAAAGUUUCGUUCCAUGUAUUACAGAAAUAAGUCAACUAUUGAUAAGGUAAUAAAUGAAAUUCUGUUUAUCGAGAACAACUCCCCAGGGCCAAACAAUAAUGAAAGUUUUGUCUCUUUUGAUGCCAAAACAAUUUCUGAAAACAACGACAAGAUUGAGACUUUUUAUGAUGACUCUGUCUGUGGGCAAGUUUCCGAACAGAAUACUCUAGUUAACUUCGAUAAUAAGUGGGGGGAGAAAAAGGCAAGCGAUGCAAAUAUAUCUUUCACCAAGUCUGCAAUCAUAUCUAGUACUCCGAGCAAGCGUGUUUCCGAAGCACCGUCAUUUGGUUCUGAAAAAUUUGAAGGCAGGAAACAUUCUAAGAAUACAAAUGUAGCAAAACUAGAAAAGGAAAAGAUUCCCCCUAAGAAAAGCAAUAGUCUGAUAAUAGAAAAAGCAAAAAGUAAGUGCUUAAAAAGGCAAAUGAAAUCACGUAGUCAUGAAAAAGCAGUAGGGAUUAUCUUAGGAGAGGCUGUGUCAGUCUAUGCAAAGCGUAUUUUAGAAAGGUCGUAUGAAGAUACAGAAAAUUCGUGUGUAGAAACUGAUAGUGGAGAUGCUUCUUCCCUAUCGCAAGACAAUUUUCACGUCGACAGUGACACUUCCAUUGAAGAAGAUCCCCAUAUUAAUCAACUAUACUCCCAAGAUCUCAUAAAAGCUUUGUCCAGAUCAAAGUAUGGCUUAAAAAAUAUCAGGGCCCAUAUUAAAAGAAAAAGCAUAAGAUUAUCUCUACCAAAAAAUUGGCAAAAAAGAAUGUUUGUUUAUAGCAUAAACAACAGUCAGAAAGGCAAAAAAACUCAUCUUUCAUCCGAGGGAAAAACGCUUAUAAGGCAAAUGGUAGCUAAGACCAAUAAACUUUGCGUUUUGAAGUUUGGCUACACACAUAUUCAAAAAACAUGCUCAAGAAAAACAAAUUCCAAUAUUCUAACUGGCAAGGCUGAAUGUACAAUACCUGAAUGUCAGUUUAAAGUAACUUUCUCCAUACCAAAUUUUUUGUCAAAAUGCAUGUAUUUUCACUUUGAUGGUAACGUUUAUCAUCGAAAGGAUUCUUUAGCAGCAAGGAAAAUUUCUGACGAGGAAAAAUAUAAGCUAACAUCUUUGUUUGUUGAAGACAGAUCAAUUUUGCCAUCUGAAAAACAUCGAACAGACCUAGAAUUAAUGGAUCCUGAUUCUUUUGCUGCAGGUAACAUGACUAAGGCUGGCAAAAGUCACAUUGCUUAUCAGCAGCUAGCUGCUAAAGCCCGAAAAGAGGCAGAUUCAAUCGAAAACAUUUACAAAAACAUUGUUCAACUCCAAAGAAAAAUCAAAUCUUUAGACGAGCAGCAAGCUUCAGAGCAAUGUGCUACGUUUAGAAACCAUUUCGGUUAUAUUCAGCGCCCCAUUAUUACCGAUGAGGAAAUUAGCAUUGUGCUAAUUGAUCAGCCAAUGGUCAUGCUAUACCAUGAGCACGUUAAACAAUACGCUUUGCAUAUAGACGCAACUGGCUCGUUGAUAAGAAACCUACGGGGAUUUAAAAAAAUUCUGUAUUAUACUGCUACUGUUCAGCACCCAUUUGCAAAAAGCCCUCCAUUGCCCGUGGCCGAAUAUAUCACAACUAACCAAGACCAACAUUCUGUCAAAAGAUUCUUGGGUGCAUUAGUGGAAAUGGAGACUCUGAAAUAUGGAAAGGGCAACAUUUCUAAACCAAAACUAAUACUAUUAGAUUUUAGUAUGGCUAUUAUAAAUGCUACCCUUAGCGAAUUUUGUGGGGAACCACUUCAUGAUUAUAUAAACAGAACCUACCGUGUAGUGAAUGGCAGUGCUUCGCUUACAGAUUUGAAUAAGACAUUUCUACAUAUCUGUGCAUUUCACAUAAUGCGCAUCAAUCGGAAACAUGCUAUGAAGGAUUGCGGACCUGGUGAAGAUGGAAAAAGUCGUGUCCACUUUGCAAUGCGCCUAUUUGGAAGAUUAGUCAAUUGUUCUUCAUUAAAUGAUGCUGCAAAUAUUGUCAAAAAUGCAACUGUUGUAUUGUCAUCUAGAUAUGUUGAUAAAAACGUUACAAAUGCAUUGGCAACGGUCGAAGAAUCAAUUAACACUUUUUGCGAAGUAUUAGAUGACAAGGAAAACCAAUACAACGAGUCGGACGCGUUGCAUUCUGAUGAUGUUUCAGAAUCUUUCGAAUACAGUAAUUUUGAUACUCAAAAACACGAAACAGAAUUGCACAGGUUUUGGGGACAUGUGCUAGAAUCUGUAAAGCUUGAAGACAAGAAUGACAGUACUGAUGCCAACAGGUACUAUAUGCCCAAUUACUGUAAGUGGUUACACGAAAAGUUACCUUAUAUAACUCUAUGGAGUAAUUUAUGCUUAGGGGAUCUGCAACGGUUUAAUCAAGAGUACGAUGACUGCAAAUUACCUGAGACUAAAACCAACUCAGUAGCAGAACAGUUUUUCUGCCUGAAGAAAAGGAAUAGGAACAAUCUUAAACAAUCGAUUGUUGAUUUCAUAAGCAAGUCCUGGCACGACAACCGAGGCUUGCAAAGACAAUUUAUUUUGGGCCUGCGGAGUCAUAUUUGCGACGCUAAAACGGUUUCAAAAGAGACAAAACAAUCAUAUAACAGAGUUAAGAAGUUAAUAAGUUAUCACGAUGAAUCAAGUGGAAGUGAUGAUGAACUAGAAUUAGAUACUAAGGAACCUUAUAGCGUUCUAGAAACUUGGGACAAAGGUAAGAAAAAUACCAGGGAAAAGAAAAUAGACAGGAAGGGUACUUUCCAAGAGCCACCAAGGAAAAAACUAAAAUUUACUGCUUCAAAUAAUGAAAAAGAAUUGCGUAGGAAAGUUUCUAAAAAUUGCUCUGAAAUUUCUAAACAAUAUGACAGGGAGAAUGUCCUUAAAGUGUCACCAUCAUGUAAUAAUUUGAGCAAAAAAGGGUAUCCUAUUUAUAAAAGGAUGGUCUAUAAAUCUAUGCCUGGACCGGAGAAGAAGAACGUGUCGCUUGUUCGUAACAAAAUUGUUAAGGGCUGGGAAAACCUUUCUUUAGAAAAAAAGGAUAAGUACAUUAAUGAUGCUCUUAGUAGAAAGGAAAACUGCGCAAUAUGUGAGCAAGAUGAAAUUGAUAGCAGUAGCGAUGAGGUAAACUGGGUAAGUUGCGAUGACUGUGAAAGGUGGUAUCACGCAAAAUGCGUCCAUAUUGAUAGUUUUUAUGCGGAGUCUGUACCUAUUUAUAUAUGCCCACGAUGCAAGCAAACCUACUUUGACGGUCUACCCAAGCUUAUUGCUCAUUUUCGCUUUAAACCGGUCCAUGAAUUGUUGGAACUAGAUGACGUAUUUUCACUUUGGGCGACACUAUCUUCCGAAGACAGAAGGUAUAUUCGAAAACAUAUUUUUCCUAUGGAAACAAAACAUAUACCCCAAAUAGGUAGUCUGCAAAUCUUAAGUGAACGUGGUAUAAAGAAUAAAUUCAAUAAUUGCUGGAGCAACUCUGCAUUUCAUUUGCUUUGCGGAUCUAUGCUGUCUAGGUUGUUGCCUACAUACCAAUCUACCCAAACAAUUGUCUGCAGUUCAAUUAUAAAAAUUCGGGAGAAACUGCAAAACCAAAAGUUUGCUUCUACCCCAAUGAAAUUUACCACGGAUAUGAGAGCUAUCGUUUCAUACUUUCGUAACCGAGACCAGAGUGAAAACUGUCGUCAGGAUGAUGGCGCAAGCUUUGUAGAAGAAAUCCUUUUGCACUUAAUCGAUCACAGUGUAGAAGAUAUGGAAAGGAAUUUUCAAACAAAAAUUUUAAGUUUUUCCAACUGUAGUACUUGCGGCAAAACUGGAUCCUCUGCGAGAGGACACGUAGUACUACCACUCAAUCUAUUUGAAAAUUCUAUACCUAACGUAUCUGUUCAGUCGCUUCUUUGGGAGAGCACAGUAACAGAAGACAGAUUUCAUGACUUUGAUUGUGACUGCCCACCCGAAGAUAAAAAUUUCACUCAUAGAAUGUUUUAUUUGCAACUGCCAGUGGCACUUUUAAUCAUUGUGGAACGAGGCAGUGACAGAGAUCAUGUUUUGGAAUCGGUGAAACUUUCUAAAUCAACUAGAAUUGAUGAGAUAGAGAUGUUUUUUUGGGUCUCUGGUGGGAUUGGUGUUGAUAAUUUUCUUGUUGUGUUUGUUGAUGAUAGUUUGCAUAUUAUCCAUACAGCUGUAGCUGACUUUAACGUUGUUCUUGUUGAAGAUCUGAUGGAAUUUGUGGUUCUUGGGGAAGUGUAUGUGUAUGAGCUUGAGGAAAGUUCUGCCGAUGUUAGUUUGUACAUUCUUGCUGUAUGGUGGGUUGUACCAGAUUAUGUUGCGCUGUCUGUUUCUUCUUUUACGUGUGGGUGA